GUUAGAAAUUAUAGAACUUCUAAAUCUAGUGAAAUAUAACUGACUGUAAUUACCAUCAACAUCACCUUAGACACAAACUGAUUCGGUUUCCUAUAUUAGGAAAUAUAUGGCUAUAUGGUGCGAAAUGGAAUCGAUAGCAUAUCGUGUAAAGCCUAUGACUUGAACAGUAACGGUGUGGUACAUCCUAGCGGCCGCUCAACGCAAUGGGCUGAACCUAAGCCCGAGGUUUAACUAUCUCACACACAGCGCAGUCCCCACACAAGGAGCAAAAGGCAAGGGCAACAACGGCUACAUCAAACCUCUCGAGUACAGCUCCUGUAACGAACCAUCAAGAGAAGUCAAAGAUAACUUUCACGUACAAAUAUUGUGAGAACGAACAUCGAUUUGAAUUAAAGACAAUCUUAAGCUCUUUGGAAUGAACUGGGAGCGUUGGCGAGCGACAUACGGAAGACAGAAGGGACUUUGGAGAACGGUUUGAGACAAACGCGCAGCCGGGAGCAAAGCACUGCGAGGGGGAAGACCGCGUAGUCACUCAGUGCAAGUUGAGGUGCAUUUUCUUUUUUUAUGUAUAUAUAUAUAUAUAAGGUCAUUAUACAAUCGAUAAACUGCUGUAUAGACACAAGGAACUAAUUCACAGUUGAUAGCCUAACUCCAAGAAGGUGCGACGAUUCUAAGACGCACAAGAAACUUUGAGAGGCAAUACGAACCAGUACGUUCCUUGCUUACCAAAAGCUGUCAAUCAACACAAACUUUUACAAUUCGCUUGUACAACGGAACAGUAUCAUCAAGAAGCACUGGGAACAACUCAUAAACAUCCUCAAAAACUUUAUCAGUCCCAUCCGGUUUUAGCGGGUAUCAUCGACUGAGAUCCAACGCCAAGGAGUUUAUUUUAAUGAAGAUGCUGUCAGUUAUAUGAAGAUUAAAAAACACUGAACAAAUUCAGGGACUUAAGAACACUUUCAUUUCCACACAGGCACAUUCAGAAGUAGGCGACUCGGUUGUGGGACAAAAGUUGUCUAGCCAAAUAUAAUGCAAGAAAAGAUGGAUGGAAAGCAUGAGCAUUAAGGUACGCUGUUCGAAUCACGUCAUCUAAAGUAGCCUACCACAAGUUCACCACCCAAGUGGAAAAUACUACUUGAAAGCAUGGCUGAAGUAUGGGAUACACGAAAGAAAAGCAACGCAUCAAUCAAUCUCCUGCACUCGUGAAGCAAAGCUCCGCAGAAAAGGAGAAAAGCUGACCUUCCGCAACGUAGACCCCCCUGAGUGCUGGGCGUUACAAUCGAGAUUUGGUGUGUUGUUGGAGGAGGUGGGUAGCAAGAGAAGAAGAGAGACAGACAGUCGGAGAGUGAAGCAGCUAAUUGCUUAGUCCGUCCCUUAUUACCAUAUCCAGUGUGUGUCCGCUGGACUUCAGCCAAUCCCCCGCACACAGUACUAUUAAUCGCAAUGCAUUAUUCACUAUCAUAAUUAUAUACCGACAUGCGCAAUCCACACAACAGCAACACCAGCUCAUUUCCGUAAUUUUUGCAACCAGACUAUUUGUGAACAUUUUUUUUCAUUCGUUUGCUGCUGAUGUAUCUGCAAAAAGCAGAAACAUCUCGCAGCAUAUCAGCAGCAUGUCCCGCCGCAAGCAAGCGAAGCCACAGCAUCUCAAGUCGGACGAGGAUCCAACAAUAGCCGGGGUAGUAUCUGAAAAUGCCACAGGAGAAGUGCAGGAUGACGCAGACAGCGGAAAUGAGAGCCGCAGUGGGAGCGAGGAGACCCACGUGUGCGAAAAGUGUUGCGCUGAGUUCUUCAAGUGGUCUGACUUCUGCGAACACCUAACGAGCUGCACCAAGAACCCACUGGUGCUCAUAGUGAACGAGAACGAGACUGAGCCCGACCCCUCCCAGGAGUACGUUGAGGAGCCGUCGCCCACACCGAGCUGCCCCAGUGACCAGGCAGACAGUGAGGAUGCUGGGGAGGGCAGCAGUCACAGCCCUGUUGAGGGAGAUGAUGGUGCAGAGAUAACCCCAGAGGCAGCCAGUGUCCUGGAUGAGCCCAUGGAUCUGGAGCUGUCUCCUGAGAAAUCUGUGGACCUCGAGGAGUGUGACGCCUCCCCGGAGUCAGAUGGUGCCGCGCCUCAGCUGAACGACGCUGACCCGUCCUCAGCGACGAACUACAGCAUGCCGAGCACCAAUGUCACCCUGGAAACGCUGCAUAGCACCCGCGUGGCUGUUGCCCAGUUCUCUCAGAGUGUCCGCGCCGCGGUGGCUGGGAGCGGGGUUUCCCCCAUGGCAAUCCCCAUGAUUUUGGACCAGUUGAUGGCACUCCAGCAGCAGCAGAUCCACCAACUUCAACUGAUCGAACAGAUCCGCAGUCAGGUGGCGUCCAUACAAAGACAGCCCUCCAUCAUUCAGCCGGCCCUGGACCAUCACCCCCACCACCACGCCACCAUAGCCGGUUCCCAGGUGCCAUCGUCCCCCUGCCUACCUGCCAUGCCUGGGCAACUCCAGCAGCUGCACAGCUUCAUCACUCCCCCUGUCCACCAGCUGUCCAUUCGGUUGCCUUCCACGCUGGCGAGCCAGGGCUCCUCCUCGUCCCUCACCUCUUCAAUAGACGGACCCAUCCUCUCCCAUUCCCAGCAGAGCAGCAGUCAGCAGUCUAACUCUUCGAUGGCCAACUCCUCAACAAGCACCUCUUUCCCUCCUUCCAGUGGUAACACACUUUCGUCUCUAAUGCCUACCUGCAUGGCUUCAGUUGCACACAGCAGUGGCAGUGGGGGAUCAGUAUACACAGUUGGAGGAAGCAUGAGCAGCAGCAGCAGUGGCGGUCCAGCUCUCCCGAGGAAUUCCAUCAGCCCCCCGGCACUAGGCCACAGCAGCCUUGUGACCACCAGUCCCUCCAAUCUACCGCUGGUACCUCACAGUUCGCCCAGCAGUGUGAUCUUCCCCAACCCGCUCGCCAGUAUAGCUGCCACGGCCAACGCACUCGACCCGCUAUCCGCUCUGAUAAAGCACCGCAAGGGAAAGCCGCCUAACGUUUCAGUGUUUGAGACCAAGCCCAGCUCAGAGGAUCCCUUCUUCAAGCAUAAGUGUAGGUUCUGCGCUAAGGUGUUUGGCAGCGACAGUGCCCUGCAGAUACACCUGCGCUCUCACACCGGCGAACGGCCCUUCAAGUGCAACAUCUGUGGAAACCGGUUCUCCACCAAGGGCAAUCUGAAGGUCCACUUCCAGAGGCAUAAGGAGAAGUACCCGCACAUCCAAAUGAAUCCUUAUCCUGUGCCGGAAUACCUGGAUAAUGUGCCGACAAGCUCAGGCAUUCCGUAUGGCAUGUCCUUCCCCCCAGAGAAACCGGUGACCACCUGGCUGGACAGCAAACCUGUUCUCCCCACGGUCCCCACGUCAGCUGGGCUUCAGUUCCCCUCAACUCUUCCCAGCAUGAUGGGAGGCUAUGGGGAUUCCCCGAGCCUCACUCCCCUCAACCGAUCACCACAGAGACCCUCUCCACCCUCCAGUGAGUGCGCCUCUCUGUCCCCUAAUCUAUUCACUGAUGCCGGCCUGACCACCACCUCACAAUCACCGCAACCCAAGUUAGUGGGGGAGAUGCCACCGGUUCUGAAACCCGAGGGCAUCCACCUGCCCCCAAACCUCCCCUCAUCCAGGCCCGGGGAAAACACCACCACAACCACCACCGUUACUCAGGUGGUCCUCGCCACAACGGUCACCGCAACAACCUCCACUAACAGCUCCCAGAGCACCGAACCCAUCAUCGCCCCCACCUCCGUCUUCCACCCAGUUCUCCCCAUGAUCUCUGAUCAGUUCAAGGCCAAGUUUCCAUUCGGCGGCCUCCUGGACUCUAUGCAAACGUCAGAGACCUCAAAGCUGCAGCAGCUGGUGGAGAACAUAGACAAGAAGAUGACCGACCCUAACCAGUGCGUCAUCUGUCACCGAGUACUCAGCUGCCAGAGUGCCCUCAAGAUGCACUACCGCAUCCACACAGGGGAAAGGCCGUUCAAAUGUAAGGUUUGUGGACGAGCGUUCACCACCAAGGGCAACCUGAAAACGCACUUCGGGGUCCACCGUUCCAAGCCCCCUCUACGGGUCCAACACUCCUGCCCCAUAUGCCAGAAGAAGUUCACAAAUGCUGUGGUCCUGCAGCAGCACAUUCGAAUGCACAUGGGUGGCCAGAUUCCCAAUACCCCCCUACCUGAAAGUCUCCAAGAGAUGGACACCGACCUCUCCUUUGACGAGAAGAGCUUGGACGCCAUGAGCAACUACGACGAUGAGCUCCUAGAUGAGAUGGAGGCAGCCAUGGAGGACGAGGCAGAGUUGAAGGAAGGCGAGAUGUUGAUAGACCCAUCCAAACCUCUCCAUCCUUAUUCUGGGUUUUCCCCUGGUGGCUCCCCACCUACCUCUGUCAUCUCCAGCAUUGCUGCUCUGGAGAACCAGAUGAAGAUGAUCGACUCCACUGUCAAUAUGAACCGUUCCUUUGGGCUGAAGCCCACGCAGAAUGGAGGAAGUGCUGGAUUUGGAGUGGAGAACGACUUCUUUAACAAUGAUUCGCUGUGUGCCUCAGGCGAACUAGAGGGCCAGAGUGUUGGGAGUCCGGCCCUGUCAGAAUCCUCAGGGUCCAUGCAGCCCCUCUCCCCAGCUCACAGUCAUGCUGAAAGCCCUCACUCCAAGUCCCCAGCCCCACUCAACCAUAACAUCAGUACUGCAGCAGACGAGGGGUCUGAGAACCACGGCAUGGCUACAGUGAAAUCUGAGAAGUCAGACACUCCAUCACCAGCACCUGUGUCUGAAGCUAAUGGGGCACUGGACCUGACUGCUAGCAUUACCCAGCACAGUAGGCAUUUCAUCAAGGAAGAGAACCACUUCAACAUGAUGUUCCUCAGCAGAGAUAAAGGACUAAGCAACUCCAGCCUGUUAAACACCGCCUCUAACAUGAUCAAAAUGGAAAUGAAUGGGCACAGGCACAAGCCGAUGUCCUUCAAUGGCAGUCAUCACAUGCCAGUGGGCAUCCAAGUACCCAAUGCUGUGCCCCAGACCACCAUGAGCCCCAGCAUUACCCCGAUGCUGGCGCCACCACCACCUCGACGCACCCCCAAGCAGCACAACUGCCACAAUUGUGGGAAGAACUUCUCCUCAGCCAGUGCCCUGCAGAUCCACGAACGCACACACACAGGAGAGAAACCAUUUGGCUGUUCCAUUUGCGGAAGGGCCUUUACAACUAAAGGCAACCUGAAGGUGCACAUGGGGACCCACAUGUGGAACAACGCGCCAGCGCGUCGUGGACGCCGUCUCUCCGUGGAGAAUCCCAUGGCCUUGCUGGGCGGGGACGCCAUGAAGUUCAGUGAGAUGUUUCAGAAGGACCUGGCGGCGAGGGCCAUGAACGUAGACCCUGGAUUCUGGAAUCAGUAUGCCGCCGCCAUCACCAACGGCCUGGCCAUGAAGAACAACGAGAUCUCUGUCAUCCAGAACGGAGGCAUCCCCCAGUUGCCCGCCAGCCUAGGGGGUGGAGGUCUGACCUCCCUGGGGGCAAUGUCCGGAAGUAUGGACCGUUUGGAGCGAGUGCGUGCUGGGAGCAGCCCUUCCAUGACUGGGCUAGACAAAACAGCUAUGGAGGUCGGGGCAGGACGGCCCUUCUCUAGAUUUAUGGACGAGAACAAAGAAAUUGGGAUAAAUUAAUGACAUUAUUAUAUAGUGAAAAACACUUUGAGGAAAAAUGAUAGUCCUACAAGAAGGAAUAAACUGUUAAUUCAGUUUGAACUCUUAUGUACUAUAUUAUGUACAGAUUACAUUUUUGUUUGGUUUUGGAAAUAUAAUAUUUAGUAUUGGUUAGAGGUCUUUGCCUUUUGCCCUUUCACCCAUCCUCCUUGAUAUUUUGAUCAUACAAAGAAUUCUUUGUCACUUGUGUGAGAAUAUGUUGUCUUGCAAGAUUUGCAUGGUACUUAUGGAUUUCUAUCCGUAUGUUUGACUGCUUUUAAGGAUUCUUUUCGAUAAUGAAUAUCUUGACUCAAUUGUGAUGGGCUAACUUCUUAUUGUGAAAGAACUGAAAUGAUGCUGAGAAAGAAGUUAUAUGUGCAUAGACUGUCUACCCAUUGUAAGGCAAUGAGACUGAAGAGCAUUGGACAUGUAGUGUUUCUGUGCUCGCCUACAAUUUUUCUUUCCUCAUGAAGUAGAAAACUUGAAAAAAAUAUUUGAACUAUUUUAAUCUUUACAUUUAGUCUCCCAGCAUUGUCUUAUAAUAUUGUCAUGUGUCUUUAGUAUUUAUGAUAUUGACAAAAAAGCGGGUAUAAGAAAAUAUAUUUAAUGGCCCCAGCAUUUUAUUGAUCCUUUUUUUCUAAACUGCAGACUUCACUUAUAAAUAUCUCUUUCAAUAAAUACAUCAUGUCGGAGACAAAUUGUGAAGUUUUAUUUGGAUAUCAACCAAGACCAUGUGAAACAUGUCUUGUGCACAGUGAAGAAGCUGAGAUAUCUAAAGCUGCUAUUAUCACAAACCUGCUUUUAAUCUUUUUUUUAAGAAGAAAAAAAAGAUAUCCUUUGAAAGAACUACAUAUGUAUAUAAAUACAGACAAAAUCUAAAACAGGUAUGCAUAUUUUGUAUCAUGAAAAUAGACAUCAUGAGUUCAGAGUAUUUGUCAUGUUUGUGAAUGCACUUUUUCAACAAGACGUUUUGUCUGUGACUUAUCGUUAACCUUUUGACUGAGCUAUCUAUCACGUGUUGUUUUAAUUGUUUUCAGCGUACCAUUCCUACUAUUUGCAGAGUCGGGCCUCUGGUAUGGCAACUUAUGCUGCUCCUCAGAGUACCACCUCAUCCACUCAAUCAAAUUCUUCUCCAAUAAAAAAGAGAGAACAGGU